AUGGCUCACCUGGCAACUAACUCGCACCCCGCGGCGCACACGCGUCUCCUUCUUGCCGGACGGGCCUUCCCGCAUUGGCGACUCGUGCGCAGUGUUGCACGCACGCAUGCCCCCCGUUCCUGUCGCCACUGGCGUUUCCGGCCCCCGCAACAUCCGCCCGCGUUUUUCGAGAUGCGACAAUCUCGCGUGCAGAGCAUCCCAGUACUUUUGACCACAUCUGCCGGAUGUGCUGCUGCUGCUUGUAGCCUCGUAUAUCUGCCAUCCUUGCUCGUCCUCACUUGA